GGGAGCCUCACGGUAGAGAGACCAGCAGGGAGAUCAAGCAGGUUCUGGAUCUGUUUCCUCAUCAGUAUCUUCAAGCAACGACAGGGAUCCCUCAGUAACUCUGAUUCUGGUGAAGUGGAUCUUCCAGUACACCCAGCUCAUGAUGUUAAUCUCUCUGGCCUUCAUCUUCCUUCUAACCCCCACUCCCUCUCUUCAAGCCUCAAUCGGCGAGAGGAGAAACUCCACCAAGCCAACGCCUCACGCUAUCAACCUCAAUGUUCUCCCAAAGCCAGUCGCCUCAGCGCUGAACCUCAAACCAAAAACUCAAAGUUCUCCAGUUGCUGCCUCAAAAGCCAGCGAGGUCAGUCAGUCUCCUUCAGCAAAGCCUGCUGGGAGUAAUGAAGCUCAGAAAGCCUCCAAAGAUAACCCUCCAUCAAGCUCCACCAUCACAGUCAUCAUCAGCGAAGGCUGCAUCCAGAAGGAACCUCAGAAGGACGCGGCCGAUGCUACCAAAGUCCAGCAGGUGGAGCUGAACAUAAAGCCCGGUUCUCCUCUGAUGAUGAAGCACCACAUCAACGUGGAUAUCAGCACAUGCAGUGGAACCUGUGAGGCUGAGAUGGAGGCGCUAAAGGACCGAGUAGAGCUCCUGGAGAAGGAGAUGACCGCUCUGAAGAAGAAAUGUGAUGACAAGAAAAGCAAGCUGACCGUGGAAACGGUGGCCUUGAGGGUGUCUGAGAGCGACGCUGUCAAACAAGACACAUCCAUUGGGAAGAAGACGAAGGUAGACAAGAUGAUCCUUGAGAAGAAAGUGGAUGAUGAGAAAGAGCCAAACAAAGAGAAGAAAGCAGAGCCGACUGCAAAGCCAAGUACAACUAAGACAGCUACGGUGACAGGCAGAGACCAGGACAAUGAAACGAGGGACAGGAGCGAGGGCCAGGUUCUUCUGAGAGAUGGAAAACGUCUAGAGCAAGCAACACGAGGCAAAGCAACAGUCAUAAAAAUGGAAUCAGACAAACAAUCACAAAGUGGCGUCACGGUAAAAGCGUCGGCUAAACAAGAAUCAUCAGAGAAACUCGGCACAAAGCAGGAAAAGCUUAAAGACGUGCCUGUGAACCAGAACGUGACCCAAAGCACUGAGAAGAAGCUGAAUGGAACCUCUAAAGUCUUAUCCAGCUUGGCAAAGGGGACCAAAGCUUCAGCAAAUGUGACCGUUACAGCAAGUUCUGGAAAAGGGAAGCUUCCUCAGUCCAACGUGACAUCCAUAGAAAAUGACAAGAAGGCUGUUACAGGAGGAGCAUCUGGAAGGCAAACGGUGGAGAAACACGGACAUGGGACUGUUUCCAUUGAGAAAGACAAAGUCCAACUGCAGGGCAAUGCAACGCUUCCUAAAGGUGGAGGAAAGAGGAAGGUGGACAAAUAUGUAAAUGUAACAACAUCUGUAGCGAAAGUCAAAACUCAACUCCAGGGCAAUGACAUUCCUCUUAAAGAAGGAUCAUCUGGAAAAAAGAAGAUAGACAGUCAUCUGAAUGUCACAUCAUCUGAAAAGGAUAAAAACCUACUCCACAGCGACAUAACGACUGCACCCAAAAGUGAUAAGAAGAAGCCUGAAAGCCAUGUGAAUGUGACAACUCCUUCCACCAAAGUCAAGAAGUUAAACCAUGGCAAUGAGACAGCAACUCUCAAAGAGGGAACAUCAGGCAAGAAGAAGGUGGAAAAACAUGCAGAAGUAAGUUCUUCAAUUGAAAAGGAUAAAACUCACCUCCUGAGAAAUGCCACACUUCCUAAAGAUGGAUCAUCUGGCAAGAAGAAGGUGGAAAAACAUGCAGAAGUAAGUUCUUCCAUUGAAAAGGAUAAAACUCACCUCCUGGGAAAUGCCACACUUCCUAAAGAUGGAUCAUCUGGCAAGAAGAAGGUGGAAAAACAUGUAGAAGUAAGUUCUUCCAUUGAAAAGGAUAAAACUCAACUUCCAGGCAAUGCCACACUUCCUAAAGAUGGAUCAUCUGUCAAGAAGAAGGUGGAAAAACAUGUAGAAGUAAGUUCUUCCAUUGAAAAGGAUAAAACUCACCUCCUGGGAAAUGCCACAAUUCCUAAAGAUGGAUCAUCUGGCAAGAAGAAGGUGGAAAAACAUGUAGAAGUAAGUUCUUCCAUUGAAAAGGAUAAAACUCAACUCCCAGGCAAUGCCACACUUCCUAAAGAUGGAUCAUCUGGCAAGAAGAAGGUGGAAAAACAUGUAGAAGUAAGUUCUUCCAUUGAAAAGGAUAAAACUCAACUCCUGGGAAAUGCCACACUUCCUAAAGAUGGAUCAUCUGGCAAGAAGAAGGUGGAAAAACAUGUAGAAGUAAGUUCUUCCAUUGAAAAGGAUAAAACUCACCUCCCGGGAAAUGCCACACUUCCUAAAGAUGGAUCAUCUGGCAAGAAGAAGGUGGAAAAACAUGUAGAAGUAAGUUCUUCAAUUGAAAAGGAUAAAACUCAACUCCUGGGAAAUGCCACACUUCCUAAAGAUGGAUCAUCUGGCAAGAAGAAGGUGGAAAAACAUGUAGAAGUAAGUUCUUCAAUUGAAAAGGAUAAAACUCAACUCCUGGGAAAUGCCACACUUCCUAAAGAUGGAUCAUCUGGCAAGAAGAAGGUGGAAAAACAUGUAGAAGUAAGUUCUUCCAUUGAAAAGGAUAAAACUCAACUCCCGGGAAAUGCCACACUUCCUAAAGAUGGAUCAUCUGGCAAGAAGAAGGUGGAAAAACAUGUAGAAGUAAGUUCUUCAAUUGAAAAGGAUAAAACUCACCUCCCGGGAAAUUCCACACUUCCUAAAGAUGGAUCAUCUGGCAAGAAGAAGGUGGAAAAACAUGUAGAAUUAAGUCCUUCCAUUGAAAAGGAUAAAACUCAACUCCCAGGCAAUGCAACACUUCCUAAAGAAGGCAAGAAAAAGUUGGGAAAGCAAGUGCAUGCAGCCACUUCCAUUGAAAAAGACAAAAAGCUUCACCAGGUCGAGGCCACACUUCUCAAAGAGGAAAUUUCUGUGAAUAGAAAGCUUGAAAAGCAUGUACAUGUAAUGGCUUCCAUUGAAAAAGACAGAACUCAAUCCCAGAGCAAUGCCACACUUUCUAAAGAAGGAUUGUCUGCCAAGAAAAAGGUGGGAAAGCAAAUAGACAGGGCAUCUUCCACUGAAAAAGACAAAAAGGCACAACAGGUCAAUGCCACAGUUCUCAGAGAAGAAGCAUCUGGAAAGAAAACAGUUGAAAAGCAUGUAAAUAUCACAACUACCAUUGAAAAAGACAGAACUCAACUCCAGGGCAGGACACUUCCAAAAGUGGGCAAGAAAAAGGUAGAUAAGCAUGUAAAUGUAAUGUCUUCCGAUGAAAAAGACAAGAAUCAGCAUCAGGCCAGUGAGGAAGCUUCUGGAAAGAAGAGAGCGAGCACCAUCAUCGUUUCUGAUGACAAAAGCAAGAAACAACUCCAGGGUAAUGUUACAGGAGGUCUUGGAGAAAGAACGGCCAGGAAGGAAAAGCUAGAGAGCCAUGGAAACACAACAGCAUCUCAUAGCAAAGACAAGACGUUACGACAAAGCAGUGAGACGACAGCUCUGAAGGAUGUUGGAGAUAAAACGAAAAAAGCAGUGAGCGGCGUAGACAUACUGGUUUCUACUGAAAAAGAAAAGCUAUCCCAUGUCAGUGAGACGGUAUCUCUCAAAGGAGUAACAUCUGGAAGGAAAAAGGUGGAAAAACAUGUAAACAUGACAGUUUCUACAGGAAAUGUAUCCCAGGUAAAUGCCACGCUUCUUAAAGAGGCAUCAUCAAAGAAAAAGGCAGAUGCCACCAUCACACUUCCCUCUGAAAAAGACAAGAAGCAGGAAGUGAUGACGUCUCUGAGAGAGUCUAUGAAGACGAAAGUGGAGGGUGGUGUAGGUGUCGCCAACGCUGAUGCUAAAACCACCAAGUUAUACUUCAGAUCUGUGGAGGUUCACAAUAUCACUGCCACCAGCUUUGUUAUCACAUGGGAAGCCCCUCAAGGAGCCUUCAGGAACUUCACAGUAACAUGGAGGGAAGUUGCAGCUGCAGGUACAGAUGAGGAUGAUGUCCAGGAAGCAGAGGAUAAAGGAACUGUUGCUGGGAAUGAGGCCGAGAUCCACGGUUCAAACAGAACUUCCAAAGCCCACAGUGGAAAAGCUGACAGGAAGAGCACAAAGAAGUUCUCCCAGGAUCUGUCAGGAACCGCUCGCUCAUUUAAUUUCAGGAACCUUCAGCCCCAGACACGGUACUUAGUGUCCCUGUACAGUUCCAGGACUGGUGGAGCUUCCAAACUCCAGCGGCUCUUCGUCUCCACAGGUCCUGAACCCCCGACAGACCUGAUGUUCAGCAAUAUCACAGAAACAUCUCUCUCUGUGUCCUGGACCAAGCCUAAAAGCAUCGUCACAGGGUUCAGGGUCACAUACACCAGCACUGCCAAUGGAGAGACUGGAUCCAUGUCUGUAGAUUCCCAGCUGUCCCACGUUCUCAUUUCCAAACUGUCUGCUGGUUCCUCUUAUGAAAUUAGUGUGAGGUCACUUCUGGAAACAAUGGAGAGCGAGCCAAUCACAGCCUCCGUUAUUACAGUUCCUGACCCUCCUGCUGACCUUCAGGCGGUGAACAUCACAGACUCUAAAGCUCUGCUAAUAUGGAAGCCUGCUGGAGCUAAAGUUGACCAUUACAUCCUCAGCUAUGGGUCUGCAAAGUCCCCUAAUGUGACCGUGACGGUCAUGUUGUCUGGAAGUUCAGUGGAGCACCAGCUGAGGGACCUUCACAGAUUCACCCUCUACACAGUGAAGAUAAUCAGCCAAAUCAAUAACCUCCAGAGCAGGUCCAUCUCCACAGCCUUCUCAACAACAAGCGGAGUGAAGCUCCAGGCUGUGACACCCAGUGAAGUCAACUUCAAUUCAGCUGUGAUUUCAUGGAAGUCUCCACGUUUGGCUUUCCGAAGCUUCCGGCUGACAUAUCAGCGCGGAGAGGACGUUAAGGAGGUGGUCCUGACCCCGGCUGUGACCCGGUACGAGCUGACCGAUCUGGUGCCGUUUUCUAACUACACCGUGAGAGUGGACGGAGAGCGCGAAGGACAGUACGUCAGCAUCGUCUCCACUGCUUUCAGCACCGCGCAGGUGCCGUACCCGUUCCCCACAGACUGCUCUCAGGUGCAGCUGAACGGGGUGAAGGAGUCCGGAGAGGCUGAGGUUUACCCCGAGGGGAAGGACGGAGAGCCCGUGUGGGUUUACUGUGAUAUGGACACCGAGGGAGGAGGCUGGACGGUCUUCCAGCGGAGAGUCGAUGGAUCUACAGAUUUCUUCAGAGGAUGGAGAGAUUACAGUAAAGGCUUCGGUCUCCUGACCGCAGAGUUUUGGCUUGGAAACGAUGUCCUCCACAGUCUGACCAGCCUGACCCCGAUGAGCCUGAGGAUCGACCUGCGUUACGGGAAUGACACGGCCUUCGCUCACUACUCCAACUUCACUGUGGGAUCAGAGGCCAAUCACUACGCCAUCACGCUAUCUGGGUACUCCGGCACUGCGGGGGAUUCCAUGAGGUACCACAACGGUCGUCCAUUCUCCACUAAAGAUAAGGACCCGAACCCCCUCAGCAUUCACUGUGCCAAGGCCUACAUGGGGGGCUGGUGGUAUAAAAACUGCUACAAAGCCAAUCUGAACGGCCUCUACGCCACCUUCUCUGAGAACCAGGGAGUGGUGUGGAUAGACUGGAAAGGUAAAGACGUCUCCAUCCCGUUCACUGAGAUGAAGCUGCGGCCGGCCUCUCUGAACCUCUGAGGGCUAAAAACACACCGUGGAUUCAGACUGUCCAGCCCCAACACUCAGCCGGGCCACACGCCAACGCUGCACACAGCUCUACUGCACGCUGACCUCUUUCACUAUCGAGCCAAAUAUACUACAAAUCAACUGUGGGUUUCGCAGAUUUUAUAUCCCAGAUUUAAUUGGCCAAAAGUAUCCAGACAGUCCUUCUACUGACUGAACUCAGCUUCCUCAAGGUCACCUGUUACUGACAAAGCUUUACUCUCCAUAGAAAAGCACUGACCAAUACAACGGGAUGCCCUAAAGUCACUAUGUCCAAUGGCCAUGCAUGGGCUACACGCUUAAAAGGUGGUUCUUCGAGGGUUCUUUAGUAAACACGACAUUCCACACUCAAAGAACCAUGUGCAUGCUUAAAUGGUUCCUUGCAUUGUGAAAUGAUUCUAUGGUUCUUUUUUUAGUGCUCUCUAGAACUAUUUCAUGUUUAAUUGAAGAAGUGAGUCUAAAUAGCCCCAAAAAAGGUUCUUCUAUUGCUUAUAAGCUUGACAUCGUAACAAGAGCAGAACCCGUUUUGGUGCUGUGUGGAACAAUUUCCAUCAAGCCAAAGAAUGAUUUCACCAUGCAGAGAACCAUUUAAGUGUGCAAAUGGUUCUUUGAGUGUUCAUGGUUCCAUACAGAGACAUUAUCUCUACUAAAUAACCCUUGAAGAGAAAUCUUUUUAGAGUGUAUUGGGGUCUGAAGCCCCCCAGCAUUGGGCUGUGGAGCAGUGGAGCUGUGUUCUCUGGA